CUUUAGGUGUUUGUGAAAAUAGAAACCUAGCGGCUUCAACUUCGAUCCAUCCAACAGCCAUCGAAUCCACUUUGAUGCAAUUCCACAAUUUCUACAUCUCAUUCAAAAUUGUAAUUGAAAACUAACCCUCUCUACAGAUUCAUUCUUAUGUUCCAAGAUGAUGUCGAAAUUAUUCAAAGGAGCGAAUGUUUUCAUGUCUCGUAACUUAGUUCCGCCGGAGGUCUUCGAUUCGCUGCACGAUGCUCUCAAGAAUAACGGUGCCGACAUCUUUCUUUGUUGCGAUCCUGCGCGAAAUGGUCCUGACGACUACCAUGUCAUUUCCUCCUGCGACCAUGAGAAGUUCAGUGAUCUUCAGAGUAAAGGCUGUCGUUUACUUGGUCCUCAAUGUGUGCUUUCUUGUGCAAAAGAAUGUAGACCACUCCCAAGACAUAGUUUUGCUUGUUGUCUAGCAAUGGAUGGGGUCAAAGUAUUGGCAUCUGGUUUUGAUUCUAAUGAAAAGACUGAGAUUGGAAAGAUGGUUGCUUCAAUGGGUGGUACGUUGUAUUCUAAGGCAUCACUAGAUGUCAAUUUUGUUAUUGUCAAAAAUGUCUUGGCGGCCAAGUACAAGUGGGCGCUAAAUGUCCUCAAGAAACCAAUUAUCACAAUAAGCUGGUUACAUCAGUGCUGGAAAGAGCAUCGUGUUGUUCCUCAGGAGGCAUUCAAGGUUCCUCCCUUUUAUGGGUUGACAAUAUGUGUUUCCAGAAUUCCUGCAGAUGUACGGAAAGAAAUGGAAAAACUGGUGCUAGAAAAUGGUGGCAAAUAUUCAGCCGAACUCACCAAGAGCUGUACACAUUUGAUUUGCGAUGUUCCUGAAGGAGACAAAUACAAAGUUGCUAAAAGAUGGGGCUGCAUUCAUAUGGUUACACGGAAAUGGUUUGACCAAUCUGUUGCUAGAAAGGCCAGUAUGGAUGAGGAGUCCUUUCCUGUUCAGUAUGUUUCUACAGUUUCAGCUAGUGGUGCUAGGACUUCCUCGUUGUUACAACGGAAUCCUGUCAAUUGUACUGGAAACUUCCCAUCCGCUGCAUCUUCAAUGGCUGAAGAUUCAAAUUUCGAAGCCAUUUCAUCUGCUGGAACUGCAGAGCCAGAUCUUGAAGCCACCUUUUCACAGAAAGUAGUAUAUCCUACUACUUUGGGAGCUUCUAGUCAGGAAAAGAAUGGAGGAACAUGCACCAUGGGUUGCAAAAGUGACAUGAAUCUUGAUGGGUGCAUUGCUGAUGACUCCCAAAGUGAAAAUGACUUGUACUUAUCAGAGUGCCAAAUUUCAUUGGUUGGUUUUAGCGUCUCUGAAAUGCGCAAACUGGUCAACAUGAUUCGUAGAGGUGGUGGCUCCCGUUACAUGUCAUUAAAUGAGAGAUUGACUCACAUAGUUGUUGGAACACCAACAGAUAUAGAGAUAAAGGAAAUUAGAAGCCUUGCAGCCAUGGGUAUACUUUAUGUGGUUCGGAACUUGUGGCUUGGAGAAUGUGACCGUGAGAAGAAAGAGGUCCCUGUACUUCAAAGGCAUAUUGCUCAUGAUGUACUUAUCCCUAAAGAGCGUGCACACGUAAGUACAGGGUACAUGACAGGCCCAACGAGCAUGGAACAAGGAAAAUCCUUCAAUACUCUUCCUAUUCAGCCACAUGUUCAAUCACAAUCCGUUUUGGCUUCUUCAGAGAUUUCUCUGGAGACAAAAGCUACAAAAGUCAACAUGAAUGGAGAAAAGUUUUCUAAAUGGUCCACGAGAACCAACAACCAAAGCCAGAUUCCUGAAAAUGGUCAUCAACAGGAGAGAUCUAGUAGUCAAAUUCAAGAUAAGAAGUCAAAUGUUUUUGCGGGGAUGAGAUUUUGCUUUGGAAGUUCAUUCCCAUUGGACAGGAGAGGUGAAAUCAAUGACUGGGUUCACGAAGGGGGCGGGUUGACAUUGUGUGAUAAAACGGAACAGGAUGUAAACUUUAUCAUUCAGUGCCAUGGUAUGGUUCACUACCAGACUAAUACUUCCAGAGGUAUUAAUGUAUCCAGUCACUGGAUAAAGUCUUGUUUGGAGGAUGAACGGUUGCUGGAUGUUGGAGCUCACAUUCUGUAUUCUCCACUUCCAUGCCAGAUCCCUUUACCUGGAUUUGAAGGACUUCGUAUUUGUAUUUCCCAAUAUGAUCAAAAAGAAAGACUGCUCCUAAGAAACUUGUGCUUUGUUCUCGGAGCUAAAUAUGUAGAGAGAUUAACUAGAAAGGUCACACAUCUACUAUGCAAGUUCAUUGGAGGCCCAAAAUAUGAGGCUGCAUGUAAAUGGAAGAUAAAAUUAGUUACAUGUGAGUGGAUUUAUCAGUGUGUUAAGCAGAAUGAAGUUGUUGGGCUAGAUUCAUAUCACCCAAAAGAAGUUACUUCACAAGAUCAAGUUGCAGAGCUUAUACCCAUGAGCCAGUUUACUCAGAGUUCGAGCAUGAUGCCCAGUACUGCUACUCAAUAUCCAGUUCAAUUCCAAGUCCCAAAAAAUAAAGAUGUUCAAAGUAUUGGUAGAAAUAAAAAGGCUAGGCUUACUGAAGGUGGAGGAAGAGAAAGAAAGAGUGGUCCACCAAAUGAAGUCAUGCAUUCUUCCUACAGGAAAACCUCCAUAGUAGAAGAAGCUUCUGAUGUCAUACCCAAUGGCGAGGCUGAUGUAGCUUCUGCUAUAGAGGAUCUCAUAGUGGAGACUAGUAAAAUUCAAGAUCUGAAGUCCCCCAGAAGAAAUGAACAAGAUAAAGAUUUAUUCUCAUCUGAUUGCACAAUCGAAGAGAAAGCAGAUCUUGAAUCUUCUUUUGUUUUUUCCAAGAAUUGGAUGAACAGGGAUGGGAGAAAGGAUGAGACCUGUAAUCCUUCUGUAGAUGGGAGCGUGGGCAAGUACAACUAUGAUGGUUUCAGUGAAACACAAACAGAAUCUCAGGUUGUUGGCUAUGAAGAAGACCUCUCAGGGAGGCAAAUGAUAAUAGACAGAGUUCGGACCACACGAGGAUUGAGUUGAACUUCAACAUGUACAUCAAUCAACAUUCUCAUAUUAUAUUUUGGAUUUCAUUCCUAAUGUUUUGUUUAUGCAUUACAAUGAAUCGUUUGUCUGUGGGCGUGUUCCUAUAUAAGUAAAGUAUAUAACAUUAUGAGUUGAGCCUGUA